AUGGCCUGCAUAGCAGCCGGCUGGGCGAGUUUUGGCAUCUACACCUUUUAUAGCCUGGGAUUUCUGGAGGUCCAGCGAGGUCAUGGUCCGCUGCUGGCAACAGCUAUGUUCACUCCAAUCUGCGUUAGCGGGCUUUGCGCGGCUAUCGCCACGGGCCUGGCUUUGACAUAUCUGCGAGCCUCCACCGUCAUGCUCAUCGCCAUGGCAGCAUUCUUUGUUGGAGGUAUUAUCUUUGCAACGAUGCCUGUCGAACAGACUUACUGGGCUCAGACCUUUGUCGGCACAGUGAUCCUUCCUUGGGGAAUGGAUAUGUCCUUUCCUGCUGCGGCCAUCAUCUUAAGCAGCACCAUGCCACAAAAGCACCAGGGUCUCGCAGCCUCGCUGGUGAACACCUUUGUCAACUAUGCCAUCUCCAUCGGAUUGGGUCUUGGCGGGACAGUCGAGACGCAGGUGAACAGAGCUGGUUCAGAUAUUCUCAGGGGCUAUCGAGGUGCGUCCUACACAGGGGUCGGCUUCUCCGGUCUGGGUGGGGCUGUGGCGCUUGUCUUCUGCUGUAUGGAGUACUCGCGUUCGACAGCGUCGGAGCUGAGUCCCACGAUACAUCAAUUCAAGCUUGAGGAGGUUUGGGACGGCACGUCUGCUCGUAGUCAAGGCAGAGGCUGUAGCAUAGAACAAUAUCACGAAGGAUCAGUGCGACUCACCAAAUGCAGUCCCGUUGGAUAG